CAUGUAUGCAGCUCUCGACAUGUAAAUGAAUGACGUUGGCAGGAUGAGCACAAGCACUAUGACAGCAUUCAACAGUAACUUUCCGCUGCAGGUCAGAUGCGCGCUCGAGCUGGAAAGACUGAUGUAAACGGAAGCUGUGCGAGUUUAACGGGAGGAUAUACUCAAUAUAAUAGCAUUCCACGCGCUUCAACAACAGAAGGGGACAAAAUAAAGAAUGACAGAUAUAAUGAACAACCCAGAACACAGUCAAGAAGACUUCACUGUGAGUGACACCGGAGAACAAGGCGUUUCCUUUCAGAUUUUCCCAGACACACAGGAGCGCCACCCCAAGCUGUUCAAGCGCCUGCCCUCCAUCGUAGUGGAGCCCACCGAGGGAGAGGUGGAGAGCGGAGAGUUACGUUGGCCCCCAGAUGACCUGAGAAGCACAGACCCUUCCGGCCAAACACACACACCCAUGUCCGCUUCACAAACCCAGAUAUCACACAGCCAGAGUAAAGAUGAAGUCAAGUGCAGCAGCCUGGAAACAUCAGGGGCAGCUGAGCGUGACUGAAAUUUAAUAAAUACGUUGUCACAAGUCUGCCAUUAUCACAAGUCUUGGUUCUCACAAAAUGUUCACACUUAGAAAGACACAAAUACUGACAAGCAGCCAAUCUGGCAGGCAGGUGUGAACAAGAUCAGAGCUCACAAUGCUAUAUCUGAUCACCCUUUAUAACACAUUCAUGGCUUUAAAAAGACUUUUGAAAGUCUUUUGUACUUUUUAAGAUCAGACUCAUGACACAUUUUAUCUGUGGAAAGUGGCUUUAACAAUCUUACAUUGCCUUCAGAUUUGAAGGCCUAGUUUGUCUUUCCUGAUGCAGAAAUGUACAGUAUCCUCUACAUCUAUGUCUGAGGAUAUACUGAAAAUGAAAAUGAUACAACAAAAAUGGGUUGUAUGAGCACAAUUCAGCUGAGAAUAUGAAUGUACAGAAUAUUAUUCAAUAUAAAUGUAUAAAAAACACAGUUCCUGGAUCUCAAGUAAGCAAUGUACAGUCAGUUAGCCAGUAUUGCUCUAUUAUUUAGCUUUAUUGACCAGCUGAUUAUAUUAGUUCACUUAAUACACGGAUACUUAUCAAAUAAAUGGAUGUAAAAUAUUAAAUUAAUUUAAUGUGUGAGAUGUA